AUGGACUUGGGUAGUCAAUGUCCGUCUGUGUUUCGUCCCCCAGGUUCCUCCUCCCCUGGGCUACAAGACAAAUGUAUGCAAAGUAAGGGCAUGCAAACGAGCUCCUGCUUUGGUUCGGCCCGUCAGUUCCGGGGCCUGGGGCGGGGGGGAGCGCGAGAGCCAGGUGGGAGACCGCAUCCGGAGGCGGGGGAGGGGGAGCGAGGGGAAGGCCUGCGCCGCAUACGCGCCGCGCCGGCGGUCCACGCGGGGGCGCCUGCGGGCCCGGAGGCCCGGCGCUUCCGUUCCCAUGACACCCUCGGGCGCGGAAGAGGAAGGAGCUUGGCCACUUCUCGCGAGAGGUGCCAAGGAAAGGGAGCGAAGGGAGCGGCGGGAGCCGGCGGGCGCGGCAUGGCCGACGUGAUGGUGUACGGGAAGGAGGGCUCCAACCGCCUGGGCUGGACCCGGCUCCGCCGGGCCCGCUCCCCGCUGGGCGUGGGCCGCCGGGCGCGGCGCCGGGCCCGCUCCUUGGCCGUCGGGAGCCAGCGGCGGCUGCGGCUGCGUCUGCAGCAGGCCGAGGCGGCCGGAGUGGCCUGGCUCGACGAGGAGGAAGCGGCGGAGGCUGUGGUGGUGGGAGCCGAGUGGAGCGCACGGGAGAAGAAGGCGAAGAAGAAGAAGGCACGGCGGCGGGAGCGCGCCGAGCGCGAGCGCGAGCGGCGGGAGCGCGAGGAGCGCGAGUGGAGGCAGCUGCGCGAGCUGCGGUCGAGGCGCGAGCACGACGAGGACGCGGGGGAGCGCGCGGCGCCCGUGCCCGCGCCGGGGCCCGAGGCGGGCGGCGAGUCCGAUGGGCCCGAGGAGCCGCCCCGGGCGCCCGGCCAGAGCGAGCCCUUCGUGGUGCGGGGCAAGGCCGGCCUGCUGAUGCUGCUGAGCCACGCGCAGUCUUUGACCUUCACUGGGAAGUGUCGGAUGACCUGUCUUUAUGGCCGAGUGCAGGUAUUUGGUUUUAUCAUCAGCCAGGGCCAGCCAGCCUAUGAUCUUUAUUCUCCCCACACCAACUGUGCCCUAACUAUUGAAGCAAUUAGCUACUCCAUGCCAGACAAAACCCUAAAGGAUAUGAAACUGGAAGUCCGCUCUUUGAUCAAAGAUCAUCUUUCUUCAGCUAACGCUUUUCAUGUGAUAAAACAGUUUUCUCCUAUGUGUUCCAUUAUCCUGCUAGAGAGUCUGGAGACCCCUGCUGCAGACUUCAUCCUGAGCUAUCCAGCUUUUUCUCACCUUUUCUCAGGAAAGAAACAGGAGAUGUCAUCAUCCUUCAAUCUUGAGCAGUUAACCAUGUCUUCUGUUGGCAUUAAGAAAUGUGAGGAAGAAAGUGGCUUUCACUUGUCUGAGAGUAGCAGUUCAGUGAUAGAAGAGUUAAUCACUGCCUGUUGUGAGGAAAUUGAUGGUUGCCCUAUCAUCAUGGUUUGUGGACCAAAGUGCAUCGGCAAGUCCACCUUUAAUCGAUACCUAAUUAACCAGCUGCUGAACAGUAUUCCUUGUGUUGACUUUUUGGAUUGUGACCUAGGACAGACAGAAUUCACUCCUCCUGGUUGUGUUUCUUUGUCUAAUGUUACAGAGCCUAUUUUUGGGCCACCAUUCACUCAUCAAAGGAAAACUCGAAAAAUGGUCUUUUAUGGUGAUUCUUCUUGUGAAGAUGACUGUAAGAAAUACACCGAGAUUGUGAAGUACGUCUUCAGUGCCUAUCAGAGAGAAGCGCCUCUCAUCAUUAAUACGAUGGGCUGGGUGAAAGGUGAUGGACUUUUGCUCCUCAUUGACCUUAUUCGAAUGCAGGCCCCUACUCAUAUUGUUCAGUUCAGUUCUGAACAGUGUCAAGAUAUGCCCCUGCUCACCCCAGAGUGCACUGCGGGGAUGGCGGGUCUGCAGACAAAAGGCAACACCAAAGUCAGAAGCAGGCACUUGGACUGCACCGAAUCGGAGAGUUCAGGGGAUCCGGAUGAAGGGAGCCAGCCUCCCUCAACAGGACACAGACUGCUGCUUGUGCAGUCUGAGUUUGCUGGUGCUGGCGUUGCUCAACUGACGCAAUGGCAUAGUCCUGUUCUUCGUGAUAUGGCCUUGUUAGGUUACCUUGCUUUGCUACAGCCACCAGAGGCAAAACCCUUUCUUCCACUACACCAUCUAGUCCCCUUUCAGGUCCCUUUCAGUUCUGUUGCUCUCCGGGUUAUCCACACUGAUGUCGCUCCUACUCAUACCAUGUAUACAGUAAAUGCCAACUGGAUUGGUCUUUGUAGGAUACUAGAUGAUGUCAAACAAAAAAGUGAUGGACCAGUUUUUCUUACAGACAAUCCAGUCUGUGAUUGUGUGGGGUUUGGUAUUAUCCGAGGGAUCAGCAUGGUGAAAAAAGUGUACUACGUUCUGACUCCUCUGUCCCAUGAAAAGUUAAGACAUGUGAAUUGUCUGAUGAUUGGAAAUAUUACUAUUCCUCAUUGCAUCUUCAAGAGCCAGCCCAAGAUUGAGGGAGAGAUCCCUUACGUUACUUCCGAGUACAAUUUUUCUAUUUGGGGAUCAGGAAAACUCAGAGUCAGGAAACUCCUGCAAAGAAGAGAAUACCUUUAAUCGCCAAUGAACUUUCCACUGAAGAAUUAGCAUGGAGCUUUUGGUUUUAAUGAGGGAGGGGGAUGCGAAAAACUUGAUGCGGUUUCUCUAGCUGUGCCAGCAGCAUCCAGUGGAAUGAUGUGAACAAUUCUUCAGCCCAAAUAUUGUUAAUAGUUUACAAACGUUUUUGUAUUAAAAUAUUUUCUGAAAAUUCUUCUCAAAAUUGCAUGUGAUCUGAAGUGUAAACAGCAUCCCCAGGCACAGCCAGGGAGACAAACUCUGCAAGGAACUGGGAGACUUGGGUCAAGUCUGAGCCCUGACCUGGGGACUGCAUGACCCUGGAGGAGGGUGGGCCUGCACUAGCCUUCCCGAACUACUGAUCUGUGCCUCCUCUUUUCACUGAUGACAUUGCAGCUCAUUGACUUACUAUAAUGCUUUUAUUUCUAUGGCACUUUAAAGUUUGUGAAACAUUCUCCUUACUACAACCCUUUGAGGGAAAUGGUGUCUAGAAUAUUAUCUCCAUUUUAUAGUUGAGGAAAUAGUCUUAAAGAAGGCCAAGCAAUUUGUGGAAGGUCUCAGAGCUGGCCAGUCAGCAUCUGGAAAACCAGGUCUUAUUGCUUACUCCUUGACCAAUAUUUUUACCCCAUUCUGCCUCCCCAUACAGUUCUUUAUUCAGUGUUAAUACGUGGAAUAAGGACCAAAAAUAGGAGGUUUGGGCCGGUAGAGAAGAGAAGAAAGAAGGAUGACUUGAAUCCCACAUCAGGGGUUCCUUUGGCAUGAUGUGAUGAUUCAUGUGUACCAGCUACCCAUAUUGGGUCUAGCUGCUCAUGGUCUGGACUGUUGGAGCUAAUAUCCCUUCUUAAUUAUCCUUGACUGCAUUGUAUUUAAUUCCCGUUGUCCUCUACUUAAAUAGUUGAAGGAGAUAGUCGGCCAUCAUUACAGAUUUCAGGGAUCUUCAGUGAUGGGCAUGUCCCACUGCCAUGACAGAGCACAACUCUGUUUUAGUAAAUUGAUGGUAGCCCAACACCUUGUUGGCAUCUUGUAAGAUAGGCUCUCCAGAUUUAGCUAGUAGCUUUAUGGCAGCCAGACAGUAUGUACUUUGGGCCCAUUUUAUAGGACCUGUCUAACGUGGUCCACUAUCAUAGCCUUGGAGCCCACAGGCAUCAAUUGCUGCAGUGUGGCUUCAGAAUUAGGAUUUCCAUGAAAGAAGUUUGCUCUCUUGGUGUGGGUUUUUUAAAAAGUCUGUGGCUGAUCUAGUAUAAUCUUUGAAUAAAUGUAAUUAAUGGUUUUUUUUCAUGUUUUAGUGGAAAUAGAUGGAAUAAAUUGCCUCCCAAUAUCUUUUUUAA